AUGACUGCCGGAAUCCCAACACGACUCUUCCUUUCCGCGGCAAGACUACAGUGCUAUGCACCCGAAACAAGUGCCCCGAAGAUAGCUUGCCGUGCGCUCUUCUCCCGCAAGGCCCACACAUGUUCUUCUUCUGUGACGCGGCUCCGGCAGCAUCAGGCAGCAGUUGAGCACAAGAAGAGUCAGAUCAGAUCACACGUUCGAGCUCUGGAGCAAGGCCGGCGACGCUUUUCGACGAGUCCAUCCACCCGUCACGGCCAUCUCGAUCCACCAAAACCAGGAGAAGAGCUACAUAUCACGAUAAUCGACAAGGAUGGGGAAAAGCACACGUUCGAAGUCGCCGAGGGGGACAAUCUGCUGGACAUUGCGCAGGCAAAUGAUAUAGAAAUGGAAGGUGCAUGUGGCGGCUCUUGCGCCUGUUCGACAUGCCAUGUUAUCGUCGAGUCCGAAGACAUGUACGACAAGAUCCCGGAAGCGAGCGAUGACGAGAACGACAUGCUCGACUUGGCCUUUGGUUUGACCGAGACGUCACGGUUGGGCUGUCAGGUACAGAUGACGCCCGAAUUAGACGGCCUCGUGGUGAAACUACCUCAGAUGACGAGGAAUAUGCAAGCCUCGGAUUUUGAGAAGCGAUAA